AUGGCUUCCUCCCGCCGAGGACAACCGUCUCUUUCCGUCCACAUGCCUUCGAACCAACCUCUCGAUCGUCCUCCCAUCGAUGCUCUCUUCCUCAUCCACUUCGACGUCAAGGCCGGUUAUACAAUUCUCUGGAAACAGAAUGCUCCUGGUGUCGACCUCGAAGGUCUUGUCGAAUACAAAUCUCUGCCUUCCGGGCUACACACGGUCUCCGAAGAUCUCAUCUACUUCGUUCACGACAGCGCCCAUGCCGGACUCAGCGCCUUUGUUAACAUGCCCUGCGAUGAAGAGGAGGCAAGGAACGCGAGAAUGUUCGCCGUCGGAGUUCUAGUUCCCCUGAGUUAUGGUCGUCUGGGGCGCGCUUGGAGGCAUGCUGAAGGACUGAAGGAGAUGGCUGCGAAACUGGCCGAGGAUCGCAAAAACACAAGCAUACUCGAGGAAUAUUGGGUUGCCAAUCGCGAAAAGUCUGGAAAUGGCAAUCGUCGACUCUCAGGAGAGACCCCCGUGUGCUCUCCGUCUCUCAACUCAUCACCUUUCCCCCGCAAAACCCACAGCCGCAACCGAUCAGCUUCCGACGGUGCCUCUCUAAUACCUCCCGGUAACAAGCUCUCACCGUAUCACCCUGCUUGGAGUUUGACUAGCCUCCUGGACAAGUUUGUAUAUAACCUCUCUGUUCUUUCCAAUAUUCCCCUAUCUGUCACCGAUAUACUCCCUGGAUCAGCUUCAACACAGCGUUUAAGACCGCUUUUCUCUAUUGGUGUUCAUGAUAUACCUUUUCUCAUGGACGACUUUGAGGCGUCCAAGAGACCCCGCAAUGACGAAGAUGCGAUAGAUGACGAAUCAGGCUCUGGUUGGAUUGCGUGCACCACUGACAGCAUUCUCGCUAUGAAGGACACACUAUGGGAUAUGCUCGUCACUUUGCCUCCCGACUACUCCUCUAAUGCUACGGAGCGAAUCUGGCCCGUGGUCGAAUGCCCUCGCGGACAGCCUAUCAAGGCGACCCAGCGAGAUCUUCGUCGUUUUACCACUUUAAAGAACGGUCUUGCCCGUCUUGCAGCUGCUAGCCAGGUCCCUAGCGCGGUCCCAGAGUCUCCUGAAGAGGAGCGUGCUGCGCGUAGAUUUUCUACCCAGUCAAGUCAUAUCGUCCGUGACCCACGAGACGACGCAGUGGAAAAAGUCGUCGAACCGCUGACAUGGGCAGCUUUUGCCUAUAAUGGUUACAUGUGGUGGGCCAGUGCCGGUGAACAAUUGCGUCAGGAACAGCAAGAGGAGGCAGCUCACGAUGCCUCUCUGCUCGCCGAUUUUGGACCCUCUAUGACUAUGCCACGACCAGGUUCUCGCUCUGGGCAAUUAUCAGACUCACUUGGGUCUCUCAAUACCAGCAAUCGUGCCCCUGAUGGUUCUGGCGAAGCCCGAUUCGAGCUUGCUAUCAUUGCCUACUUCCACCGUCUCACCACACAAAUACUAUCAGUGUUAGCUGAUCUGGCUGACAGCCAGGACGAGCCAUAUACUGACCGUGACGAUGAUGACGAAGGCCUGUCACAAGCUUCGGGCGAAAGAGCACCGCUUCGUCCAUCAGACUCUGAGCUCGAACCUGACGAUGCUGAUGCUAUCCGUGUAGAUAGUCACGCCGUGGAAAGCAUGGGCCUCGACGUCUGGAGCGAUACCGAUGCUUUGUUCAUUCGUGAAUUGUCCAUCCUGUACUUUGGUCGUCCCGCUCGUAUUGAGGGCAAGGGUGUCGAAGUCUGCGGUGUAAGAGUAUGCUAA